UGGUGUGAAGGCUUUGACCGACUGCUGAACUUGAAAAGACGAUGAGAAGAACAUGACAGUUUCUUGGUCUUCUGAGAUCUUGGCCUACACACAGACUGCGCGGCUCGCUCUACCUCCAUCAUCGCUUCGAUCGACCUCGUCAGAAGUAUGCUUUGUAGUAUCAAGCGUAUAGCGAGGCGAUCCAGCUUACACACAGAGGGGAGCUUGCCGUGCGGUCACAACGGGCAUGUCAUAGUUCCCGCCCCUCAUUUAUCUUGCCAAUUCAGAAGUGUCGGUCAUUGCUGGAUCGCUGCGGCAGGUGUUGCGCUUUCUCGCUGCGCUUUUGCUUUCGACCAUUGCACUCGGAGUCGGUACGCACUCAGGACCACUUGCCAUCUGCGGAUAUUCAUCGCCAUGAACUCAGAAGGCAGCGAAGACGUCCUGUACACCUCUCACAAGCGCUACGCUGCAUCAGCAGAAAGCCAAACCAAACCCCACCCCCCCUCUCUGACCCAGGCCUAUCCUCAUUGCCCGUGCCACAGCACCAGCUACUGGCACGGUUCGCACUUUCUGCAGUCUCCUGCAAUGCGAUUGUCCGAUCAGCCGCGUCAAUCAUCUCCGACCAUUGGAGCUCUUACGCUCACGAAUGGCCGUCGAUCGAUGAGCGCCGAAUCCAACACCAAAAUGCCUGCGCUUCCUGCUUCAUGACGGGGAAGGUCCAGCAGAGCAGCCUCACCUCACACGUGAGAAGGCAAGCGGUUUUUGUAGAUGUACUUUGUCCGUUGGCUCAAAAUUUGCCUCUCCAUGCUCUUGCCUCAUGCCUGCAAGGGUGCGAGGUCUGAGCGGCGAGAUGGAAACUAAAGACUUGUCUCUGAGCGGGAGUGCUUUGCUACACA